AUGGUCACCUACCUGACCACAUCGACAACUAGCCAGAAAGAUGGUGUGCCCCAAGGGGCAGCCGCCGCCAUGCAGCCAGCCUUUGUGUACGAUGCCCCGCUGUCCUCCUCAUCAUCGUCAUCGUCCUCGUCCUUGUCCUCGUCAACGUCAUCCUCUUCGUCGAUGUCCGGCCCACAACAGGGUGAAGCAUCAAAGAAAGUCAUCGGUUCCAGCGUGGUCACCUCCGUCUCCGUCGUUCUUAAUGGUAACGAGCCACAAUAUACCGAUGCGCUUGGCCAUAAGGUGCCCAAGCCGCAGCCCUCCUUACAGGUGGCCAGUCCCAUCGAUUUGCUUAAUCCGGAUCGCUACGAGUUCUACACCUUUGACGAGCAUGGCGAGCUGGUUAAACGCCUUAUGACUAUGCAGGAGAUCCAAAGUAUUGUGGCCAACGGUGAUGGUGAAGGACCCUCUAUCAUACACACAGCACCACUGAACGAACGGGAGCCAGAAAAGAAUGUCCAAGACAUUGUGAAUAGCGUACAGAGCGUAUUAAAUAAGGAGGUGGCUUCCUCAAAGAAUGGCUCCAGCUCUGGCGAGCUGCUGCCAGUGCUGGACACGCCUGAUGUCUCCUCAUCCUGGUCGCUCAUAUUGCCUGCUAUUUUCGGUAAUACAGGUGGUGAUAUUUUUCCCCAACAGAAACCGCAGCAAAUUGUUAUGACUCCAGAAUCAGAGCUGUUGGAGACAUCAACAAGGGCGGCGCCACCCACUCGAGCCACCAAAAAACCGAAACCCUCGAAGCGAAAGCCGGGUGCGGGUAAUAAGCGCAAGCCAAGCACCAGUACAAAGGCGCCCACUCGAGUGACCCCACAGGUGGUGCAGGAAGAACUGGAUCCCAUGGAAUCGGUCUAUACGGGCAUGCAGCAGUAUCAACAUUUAGCCGCAAACAUUCACGACUUUGACAUGCACAUGCAGCCCAUCUAUCAAAAACUGCCUAGCACCACAUCCAAGCCAGAGACAACCACUCGACGUGUUUUCUACAACAAUCAAGAGAUUAUACAAACUCCCUCCCACACAACAGCUGGUAGCAGCAGCACAACGACGGACAAAAUCGUCUUUAACCAACAAUUGGCCAAGAAACCACCACACAUUCAGCCCAAGCCAUCGGCACCACAUCGUGUAAAAAAGCCGAAUGGUGAUGGCACCACUAGCACCGCCCAUCCCACUGGCAGCAAACAUAAGGUAAAGAAGAAGACUACCACUACGACAACAACAACGACGACAACAACAACAACAACGACUACGACUCCAGCACCAACUACAACCACAACUACUACAACUACGCCCACGCCACCUACAGAGACGACAACGCCAGAGCAACAACCACAACCAACGGCAACAACCACAACAACGCCAGCGCCUCCACCGACUACGCCGAAAAAGAAAAAGCGCAAGCCAACUCGUACGCCAGGUGGUGUAACCGGCGGUUCCACCACAAUUGGAAAGCCAGGCAAGCCAAAACGUAAGCCAACACCAAAGCCAAAGCCAGCCCAGCAAUCGGUCGGUACCCAAAAGCCACGCCCACACCGUCCACAUAACAAAAAGCCUACUACGACAACGACUACAACAACAACUACCACCACUACCCAAGCACCAACAACUACGAGUACCACACCGCAGCCGGAGCCCACACAGCCGCCCGUAGAAAUUCCAGCCACGCCAGAACCAGAACCGGAACCAGUACCAGAACCAUCAACUACAACCACAACUACUGCACCACCUUCAGCCCGUCCUGUUGAACAUCACCAUCACAAGAAACCAUCCCCAUCUGCAGAUGAAUCGAGCUCGCUCCGUCCCACAACUCAUCAUCAUAACCGGAUACACGGAAAGCCUGUUCACACCACAACAACAACAACAACUGAAUCUUCCCCUGCAGAAGUUCCAUACAAACAGCACCACAAAAAGCCAAAUGGAAAACCCGUUCAUCACAAAACACCCGACUACACCAGUCACGUGGAUGUGGAAUUGAAACCGGAGAGCUAUGGAAUUAUUAAUGCGGUUCCAACUAGAACAACAACAACCACCACAACAACAACGACAACAGAGGCUCCUACCUACAGCGAUGUACCGCUCUACCCCGUUCCCAGUUAUGAUGCCGCUGCAAGCUUGCCAACAUUCUUUGCCGAACAGGAUAAGUCGCCGCUAAAAAAGACACCACUGCCAUCGCUGGCCCUCAUACAACAACAAUUGCAACAAAGCUCCCCUGCACCGCAACUAUCUCUGGAUCAAAUACACUCGGUGGACCAGAUAGUGCAAUCAUUGACUGAAGAUCAGUCCAGCAAUGUCAGUGAUAAGGUAACCACAAGUGAAGAACAAUCCGCUCAGCCUCCACCAAUAAAAUACGACAGCGUCGAAACUGCGCAAGAAUUGGAGGUAUUGGCUAACAAGAAAAAGAUAUCGACUCCGACGACCAGUAGCACCACGGAAGCCCCAGUCACAGUCCCAACGAGCGCAUCCACUUUUGUGACAUCCGACAAGCCAUUGGCAGUACAUUAUGGUGGCAGUACGUUGGCCACAAUGCUGGCCGAUGAUGAAGCAGGCAUUACACAGCGACCCAUUGAAUCCACGGAGUCGGCUAGCAUGGAGAAAGAAACCACUACGAGUAGCGAUGAGAGUGAACAGCCAACGCCUGUGGUUGUAAUUACAGCUAGGCCCCAAUAUUUCGCUAUAACAAAGCAACCGGAGCCGAUGUACACGAUGCCGCAGACCCAAAAAACGGACAAUGACGAACCCGAAACUACGGAGUUGCCUGGCAACACGCACUUCCUGGUCACCACGCCCAUGUACAUGGAGAACAAAGAAACUGAGACCACAACGCAAAAGCCCAGCAACGAUGCCUUGCAUGUGGUUAAGUUCGAACCCCUAUAUGCCGAGGUGCCAGAAGCUGUGGUCGCCGAGCUAAGCGAAGCGAGCACCGAAGUCGAGACAACUGACGCCACCACCACUGGUGGCUAUUUAGGAAUACACACCACAGUGCAACCUGCACGUCUUCCUGUAUCUGUCACCCCCUCGAUACUAGAUGAUGACGAGAGUACUGAGGUGACGCCACAAGUCGCCGACUUGUUGCCGCAACUAAACCUUGAAGUUCUCAAGCCAACGGAUCAGAUUUCCAUGUCAGAUUUCCAGACGCAGGCUGCCACAGUCGCAUCCACCUUGGUUGAUGGCACCAAUACCCUUACCUCUGAUGUCUUGAACUCCAACGAGACCAAGGAUGAAAUCGAGUUUCUGAUGUCCGACGUUAUUCAGCAAAUCACUAACGAUCACAAACAUCAACCGAAUUCACAAUAUAAGCCCGUAAUACAUAAUUACCAAGAUAAUUCAAAUCGCUUGACCAAUUAUGCCCAACUUAACACAUCCUUCCUACUGGACCCAAUCAAAAAAGUCAACACAGACUCUAAGGUAGAGAAUAAAACUCAGAAACAGGAAGAGCUUACAACAAUUAUACCCAGCUACGAAGAGCUCAUAAAACAGGAAUCCGCUUAUCUAGAAACACUGACGGAGUCAAGCACUCUGCAAACUGUGCCCGUGGAGACGACUACCUUCAGGAUACCCAUUUUAUCGCUAUCACAAAUUUAUGCGCAGCAGCAACAGGACGAAGAUGCAGCACAGCAAAUGUUUGAGCAGGAAAGAGUUGAAUUUGUACAAACAACAGAGGGGCACGAAGCUGACAAGGCAACUACAACACCAAACAAUACGGACGCAAUGCUGCAACAGCUAUCGCAAGAACUAGAAAGCAAGAGUGAAGAGAGCACCACGGCGGACAGUGUCAUGGAACAGUCUGAAGAAGAAACGAAACUGCCCUUUUAUGAGAAAACAGACAGCUACACAGAACACGGAGAAAGUGAUGAGGACCAAAUGCCCGAAAUGUUAACAAAUGGUUACAAUGAACAAGUGAUGGGCGAACUCAACGAAACGCCAACACCCACUAAGGCAGAUUAUACUGAGCAGACGCAACAAGUGGAGCAGUCCACGACCACAGAUGCAUAUCAGAGCGCCCAAGAACUGGCAACUACAGAGCAACCAGCCACUUUGGAAAAAAGUGAGGAGGAAGUUGAGGAUAAUGUCAAGAAACAAUCAUCUGCCUACGAGGACAGUGUAACCAAUGCGGCACAUUUGCAGCCACAGUACUCAGCACAGCCUGAACAGGCUACGGAAAUACCCGGGGAUAUGUCUAUUGUUUCCGGAGAGUCAGAAAUGUCAUUCAGCUCGGAGCAAGUAACCGAUAAAAUCGAACUAAGUACGGUCCGGUCAGAACUGGAUGACGAAGCCAUGGAGGAGAUUGUAGAUGAGCUUAUGGCUACGAUGUCAGCAGAGGAGGGCCUCACAAGUGCACAGGACCUGAGCACCGAGAAAUUGCAGCUGCCCGAUGAGGACCCCUAUGUGAAGUUGGGCGAGACAACAGCAAGUGUAGUUCCGGCAAGGCCUACCGAGUACAUCGAAAAAGACGACAACAAGAGCACACUCAAGUCAACCGAACUGGAAGAAUCCAUCGAGCAAUACAAAGUAACGUUGCCUGAGCCUCAAGAGAGUGUUGAACAAGUGCCGUUACAGCCACUAGCCAGCUAUGGCAACCAAUCAGUUGAGGAGGCAGAUGAGGAAGACCAGGAAGAUCAAACAGGUUAUCAGUUGCCCGUGCUGCUGCCAAGUAGCACUACCAGCAGCACCACUACCACAACCACCAGAAAGACAACCACAACGACUACAACCACGACAACGGCUAAGCCGAAUACUUCAACGACUACCACAACCAAACCAACAACAACAAAGCGCUUACAUACACUGAAACCUGUCUCUUACUAUGUGCAGCCCUCGUUGCUAGGCGGCUACAACCAAGUUGAGCCGCAACCCCUUAAAGCCCAGACCUACACUGCGAAUAGUACGCCACAGCGUCCCGUUCAGCGCCCAGCCUCAUUGACCAAUCUGAUGGCGAGCUCCACACAAGCCACCCGACCGCCCGUCAAAUUAGAGCCCAGCCCUGACAGUUCGCUGGGCUUGGAGGCGUCCACUGCAAGUCUCGACGAAGACGUUCGUUCAUUUGCGCGCCUCUGCAACGAACUGGCGUUCAGCUACUGGAAAGCAAUCACAUCUGAGAAAAUUAGUUCAGCACGCAGCUUGGUCAUCUCGCCAUUCGCACUGACCUCAAUGCUGUCGAUGGUGUUCCUGGGUGCACGGGGCAGCACAUCGGGCGAAAUGAACGAAAUACUCAAGCUCGACGACAUGGUUACUUUCAAUCCGCAUCUAAUAUUCAAGAACAUCACGAGUUCGGUGGAGCAGGCCAGCGACAGCGAAAUAGCAACAGCAGCCUUUGUCCGUGAGAUAUUCAGUGACCGCUCAAAUGGCAAAAUAUUGCCGUUCUUCAAGGAAAAAACUCAGCAGCUCUAUGCUGGACAUGUUGAGGAGGUUAACUUCCAUGUGGUCAAUGACAUUAUACGUCGUCGCACCAAUCUGCUGGUCAAGCGCCAUACCAUGGGCAAAGUACUCGAGUAUUUGCGCACGAAUAGCGUGUGGGUCAAUGGACCAUUAGCUACCAUAUCAGCUAAUCUCUUCCAGACCGACUGCUCGCGCGGCUCUACGCAGGAUCGAGAUGGUGAGAUGUUCUUCCAGGUUCAUCCAACGGUGCGACAACGAAGACUCGUGCCCAUACCGGCGGUUCUUUAUCGCAGUGGCUUUUUAGCGGGCUACGAACCAAAACUUGAUGCGACUAUUGUAGCCUUUGGACGCGCUCAGGAGUCGGUGAGCAGCAUUUACGUCAUGCCUGGGCAUCAGAGCUCAGUAUCUCCCACAGACAAUUUGGAUCGCCUGGAACGUAAUCUCAUGAGCUUGGCUUUUACGGAGAACGCCUGGAGCAAUCUGCUGACCGCCCUAAUGGAUCGUCCAGGAAUGGAGGUGCAACUGCCACGCUUCUCGCAUCGUUCCUUUGUUAACGCUUCACUUGGGCUUCAAAAAAUGGGCCUACGUGGUCUCUUCAAGUCUGACUUUGCCGACUUACGUGGAUUAACGGGCGCUGGCAAUCGUGACAUUUUCCUUUCAGACAUGAUUCAGAUAAAUACGUUUAGCACCUGUGGUGAGGAAAAAAUAUCCGACCACCACCAUGUGGAGAUGUAUCCGGCGCCGCCGCUGCGCAAACGCAACAAGGAUGUAGAUGCCACAGACGACGAUGCCUACGAUUCAUCCGAAGCCAUCAUCGACUUCGGCUCACUGGUCCAGGAGUCCGCACUAGGUCGUGGCUUCUACGACGAUCUGCUCGAUCCCAAGUAUUUGGAGCUGCCGUUGCCUUUGCGCCCCCGACAGGCUCGAGUUCCCGACGCGCCACGACUGCGCUUCGACAAACCCUUCCUUUACUUUGUGCGCCACAAUCCGACGGGCAUGAUACUCUUCAUGGGUCGCUUCAAUCCCCGACUGCUGCCAUGA